UCCAUGUGGAAUGUGUCAGCCACUCCCUACAGUACAUUACCCGCUCUCUCUCUCCACCUUCACAGAGACGCUCAGCUUCGACCAGACAGGUUACUCACUCACUGUGUUUGAAUCAAGCAAAACCUCCACAGACAAUGGUUUUGGUGAAUGAAAUCCUUAGCCAGCUCUCACUCGUGGAUAAGCCCACAGCCUGGGGAACACUGGCAACUGUCAAACCUUUCUCCAAUUUUGAUGAGGAAAAUGAUGCUCAGACACUGUUUAAAGCCCUCAACACAAAAGGUGUGGAUGAGGCCACGAUUCUGAACGUUUUGACGAAUCGCACCAACGAACAGCGACAGAGCAUUUCCCGGGCGUUUUACCGUCUCAGCGAGGGUCAGGACCUCGAGCCUUUGCUGAAGAAAGGUCUCUCUGGCCACCUAGAGACGGUGAUCAUUGCUUUGCUCAAGACACCAGCGGCCUACAGCGCUCUCCAGGUCAACGCAGCCGUAAAGGGCCUCGGGACGGAUGAGGAAACACUGGCUGAGUUGCUCUGCACCAGGUCCAACACAGAAAUCCAGGACAUGGCUGUCAUCUACAAACAAGAGUUUAAGAAGGAUUUGAUGGACGCCAUUAAAGGAGACACCAAAGGAAACUUCCAGAAACUGCUGCUCGCUCUGGCAAAGGGAAACCGAGAUGCCAACUCCAAAAUCAUUGACUAUGAGCUGAUUGAGGCGGAUGUUAAG